CAUCACUCACUGUCUCCACCCCGAGCUCCGGGGGGACAGACGGAGGUGUAAGCCUGAGUCACACCAGAAGAGCUUAGGCAGAGACGCUCUGACCGGAGAGCCCCAGGGAGCUCCAGACACAAUUCUUCCCGCUUCCAGGAAAAAGGGCUAUGUCCAACUCCGGACCUGAAUGGAGACAAAUGACAGCUCUUGACAGAAAAAGAAAACCGUGAGGGACCCACGAUCGCCCGCUGAGCCUCGCCACUGCAGUCCCAGCCCUGGAUCGCUUCUCAGGAGUUUAGAUCGGAAGCUGUUUCCUCCUCCACUCAUCCCGGGGCCAGUUGGUCGCUCCAAUGUGUUUAUUGAUCACUGAAGACUCUCAAGUUUGGAGACAGGCAAGAAACACCUAUUAACUCUCCACGACUCUCCCCUCACUCUGCAGUUCACAAACUCUAGCUAAACAAAUGGUGUUCUGCUUUCUGGAACCUGUGACAAUGUCCCUUUCCCAAAGAACUGAAAGUUAAAGGCAACUCUUUGUCACAGACCCUCAGGAAUUCCACUUGGAUCAUAUUUUCACCUCUGAAAAAAACCAUGAAGAAGCUGCUGCCUCUUUGCUGCUGGCACUCCUGGCUGCUGUUAUUUUAUUGUGAUUUUCAGGUGCACGGUGCCCACGCCAGGUCACAAGUCCAUCCAGGGUUUGAGGUCCUGGCUUCUGCUUCCCAUUACUGGCCAUUGGAAAAUGUGGAUGGGAUCCACGAACUUCAGGAGACAACUGGAGCAUCACGAACCCACAACCUCACUGUGCUCCCUUCUCAUAAUUCUACCUUUGUUUAUACCAAUGAUUCUGCCUACUCAAAUUUCUCUGCAACCGUAGAUAUUAUAGAAGGAAAGGUCAACAAAGGCAUUUACCUCAAGGAGGGAAAAGGAGUCACCUUUCUCUAUUACAGAAAGAACAAAACUUCCUGCAUCAGUAAUCCGGCACAGUGUGGCCCUGAGGGGGUUUCCUUCUCUUUUUUCUGGAAGACACAAGGAGAACAGUCCACAUCAAUCCCUUCUGCCUACGGAGGACAGGUCAUUUCCAACGGGUUCAAAGUCUGCUCCAGCGGCGGCAAGGGUUCCGUGGAGCUAUACACACAUAACAAAUCCGUGACGUGGGAAGCCAGCUUCAGCCCCCCAGGCCACUACUGGACUCACGUCCUGUUUACAUGGAAGUCCGAGGAGGGCCUGAAAGUCUACGUCAAUGGGACCCUGAGGACCUCAGACCCAAGUGGAAAAGUGUCUCCCGCCUACGGGGAGUCCAAUGACAACCUUGUGCUGGAGUCUAAGCAGGACCAGGCCAAGAGCUAUGAGAACAGAGCUUUUGACGAAUUCAUCAUCUGGGAACGGGCUCUGACCCCGGAUGAGAUCGCCAUGUACUUCACAGCUGCCAUUGGAGAGCAGCUUUCGCUGUCUUCAAUAUCACCCAGCUUCUCUGUGACACCCACAGCGAACACCAUGAUGCCCACUGAUGCCUACCAUCCCAUCAUAACCAACUUGACAGAGGAGAGGAAAAACUUCCGGAGUCCUGGAAUUGUUCUGAGUUACCUUCAAAAUAUGUCCCUCAGCUUACCCAAUAAAUCCCUCUCAGAGGAGACAGCAUUCAACCUCACCAAGACUUUCUUAAACACCGUGGGAGAGGUUCUUCGUUUGCCCAGCUGGACUGCUGUGUCAGAGGACAGCGCUGUGGUGCCGGGCUUGAUAGACACCAUUGACACCGUCAUGAGCCACAUAACUUACAACCUGCAGGCCAGCAAGCCCCAGGUCGCCAUCGUGGGUUCCUCGUCCAUGGCAGACUUUUCAGUGGCCAAAGUGCUCCCCAAGACCAUGAAUUCCUCCCACUACCGUUUCCCAGCCCAGGGGCAGAACUACAUUGAGAUCCCCCACGAGGCUUUCCACAGCCAAGCCUGGACCACCAUCGUGGGGCUUCUCUACCAUUCGGUGCACUAUUACUUGAGCAACAUCCAGCCGGCCAACACCAAGUGUUGGGUCUUCAGUUCUAAGGUCAAUCACGUGAUGCAAAGAUGUCUUGUUGUCAACAUUAACCUCGGAAAGAAUCACCCCAUGGGCUCAUCAAGUGUGGUCCCUGUAUUUGCUGUCUUAGCUCCUGUAGCACGAGGUGGCACAGGGGUGACACCAGCUGCGGUUCACAUGCAGACUUGGAGCCAGGCUCCCAGCUUUUUACUCCCAGUCGGCCACCCUGCCCAGCUGGUGAACUUGGCACAAGCCUGGCGGUCUCUGCCCGACUGCUUCUUUCUAAGAUAG